UGCAUUACCGGCCUUCACCUUUGAAAAAUUUGACGUUUCUGUCAGCGAUUUGUUGUGAACGGUGCGAGCGUUAAUCAAUCCAGAAAACCCCCCAAAUUCUCAAUAAUACACUAACCAUCUCCGUGCCUAUCCGCCCCCGAACCCCAGUCCACCCUCUCGUUAAGUUUAUGUAAUUUCCGCGAACGUUUACCAUGAUGGCUGAAUCAGAUGCAACGGUAGAAGCUACACGACGUCUAAACGUAAAAAAGCAAACCCUGGACGAUGCCUACGCCGCCCCCGCCAAUUUCCUGGAAAUCGACGUGGUCAACCCCGUCACCACCAUCGGCGUGGGCAAAAAGCGCUUUACAGACUAUGAGGUGAAGAUGAGAACGAACUUGCCCGUAUUCAAAGUCAAAGAGUCGAGCGUCAGGCGGAGGUACAGCGACUUCGAGUGGCUCAGGAAUGAGCUCGAGAGGGAUAGUAAAAUUGUGGUGCCCCCCUUGCCGGGCAAGGCGUGGAAGAGGCAGCUGCCGUUUAGGGGUGACGACGGGAUUUUUGAAGAGGAUUUCAUCGAGGAGAGGAGGAAAGGACUCGAAGUUUUUAUUAACAAGAUAGCGGGACAUCCCCUAGCCCAAAAUGAACGCUGUCUACAUAUGUUUUUGCAAGAGCCCCACAUCGACAAAAAUUACGUCCCCGGAAAAAUCCGCAAUACGUAAACCAUACAUUUGGAUGAGUAGUUUCGUUAAAUUCCAUCCUUUUUGGUUUAUGUGUACUGCUGCUGCGAUUUUCACUCUUUAAAUUAAAUUUAAGUACCUACUUUAUACUAUUUUUUCUCAAUCGUCAAAAAUAUGUAUGUAUUGUAUAUGUUAUGAUUGGUAGUUUUUUUAAGAAGAAAUGAAGCCUACUCUACUUUCAAAGAAAAUUUAGCGAUAAGUCAAGUCGAGAUGGAAGUGUUUGAUUCCAUGCUAUAUAAUGUGAAAUAUAGGCUUUAUGUAUAGAUUAUGUCAGUUGUAUUUACUCAAAUAAAUUUAUUUAUAUCA